AUGCGGAAUUCUCAGCACAUCGCCAAUGUUCGCGCCAAUAACCCAGAAUAUCGGGAGGAAAGUCGGGCACAGGAUGCCACAGCGCGUGCCCAUAGGAGACGAAGCGAAAGGAUCCGUAACCUUGAGCGGAUUCGGGAUGCUGAAGCACAUGCUGAUCGGCGACAGAAUCUUGACUACCGUGUCCCAGAAAGGAAUCGCGACAUGGAAGCACGAGCGGCCCGUCGAGAGGAUCCCGAGGAGCGCCGUCGAGAGCAGGUACAAGAUACUGCUCGCCAUGUCGCUCAGAGGACCAUUCCGGAUUACCGUAUUCCCGAACGGAUUCGGGAUAUGGAGGCACGCGCGACUCGCCCGCGCGCUUAUCAUCGGCAGGACUCGGAGGAACAUGCAAGGGAACAGGAGAGAAAUACUGAGGAGCACCGACAACGACGAAGGAAUCCGGAAGAGAGGCAGCGAGAACGGGAAAUGGACGCCAAUAACAGGAGAGCAAUCAGGAGAAAUCCCAUCGCAAGAUCGCAGGAGCAACGGAUGAACACAUCUCAACGACGGGAAACACGCCAACAGCGGAGGAUUCGGGAGGAACAAAUUCGGCAAAUGGCAGAGGAUCGGCUAAUCAACUUUAGGAUGGACCCCCAAAACCGACUGGAUGCCUCCCAAAGGCAGUCACAAAGGAACAUGGACGCAAGAGCAGCCCUUUCUGAGGAUGAGAUGGAACAGGAACGGGAACUACAGCGUCAUAGGAUUCGAUCAUCGGCGAGGGAUCUUUAUCACAGGAACAUAAAGGAAGGACCAACGGAAAUUUGUGUCUGCUGUGGAGGAACGUGGUUCCGUUCGCAGGACUAUGAUGAAGCAAAUGAUUUGGAGGUUGAUGUUGAAGACGAAGUUGCUGAGCAAAACUAUCCACUGAUGGACGGGUCUGGUUACGUUAAGAAACGUAAGCAUCCCCUGAUUCUUAGAUGGGUUCGCUUUAGCAUUAACUCUUCACCAUCGGAUUAUUUCCGAGAGCAUUUAAUGCUCUUCUAUCCUUGGCGAAAUGAAGAAGCUGAACUUCUUUCCAACGACGUUGAAAACACAUUCAGAACUAAUCAUGAAUCUAUUAGGAUCAUGAAAAGAAACUAUGAUGUGUUUGAUGAUAUGGAGUUAGAAAGAGUUCUUGAAGAUUUGCAAGAGGAUAGGAGGGAUAAUAAUCCCAAUUUGGAAGAACCUGCCUCCCAAUUUUUAGACGAAGAAUUUAGAGCUUUAGCAGUGCCUAAUAUAGAACGGAACGAGCAACGUCGACGAGCUGCUUUAAAUCGAAGCAGGGCUCGCUACGAGGAAAAUAAUUCACAAAUAAGGAUGCGGAAUUCUCAGCACAUCGCCAAUGUUCGCGCCAAUAACCCAGAAUAUCGGGAGGAAAGUCGGGCACAGGAUGCCACAGCGCGUGCCCAUAGGAGACGAAGCGAAAGGAUCCGUAACCUUGAGCGGAUUCGGGAUGCUGAAGCACAUGCUGAUCGGCGACAGAAUCUUGACUACCGUGUCCCAGAAAGGAAUCGCGACAUGGAAGCACGAGCGGCCCGUCGAGAGGAUCCCGAGGAGCGCCGUCGAGAGCAGCGGAGGAUUCGGGAGGAACAAAUUCGGCAAAUGGCAGAGGAUCGGCUAAUCAACUUUAGGAUGGACCCCCAAAACCGACUGGAUGCCUCCCAAAGGCAGUCACAAAGGAACAUGGACGCAAGAGCAGCCCUUUCUGAGGAUGAGAUGGAACAGGAACGGGAACUACAGCGUCAUAGGAUUCGAUCAUCGGCGAGGGACCUUUAUCACAGGAACAUAAAGGAAGGACCAACGGAAAUUUGUGUCUGCUGUGGAGGAACGUGGUUCCGUUCGCAGGACUAUGAUGAAGCAAAUGAUUUGGAGGUUGAUGUUGAAGACGAAGUUGCUGAGCAAAACUAUCCACUGAUGGACGGGUCUGGUUACGUUAAGAAACGUAAGCAUCCCCUGAUUCUUAGAUGGGUUCGCUUUAGCAUUAACUCUUCACCAUCGGAUUAUUUCCGAGAGCAUUUAAUGCUCUUCUAUCCUUGGCGAAAUGAAGAAGCUGAACUUCUUUCCAACGACGUUGAAAACACAUUCAGAACUAAUCAUGAAUCUAUUAGGAUCAUGAAAAGAAACUAUGAUGUGUUUGAUGAUAUGGAGUUAGAAAGAGUUCUUGAAGAUUUGCAAGAGGAUAGGAGGGAUAAUAAUCCCAAUUUGGAAGAACCUGCCUCCCAAUUUUUAGACGAAGAAUUUAGAGCUUUAGCAGUGCCUAAUAUAGAGCGGAACGUAAAUAUUCUUCAGGAUGACAAUGCAACAAAUAAUCCUGAAGAAGAUGGCGAACUUCAAUUAAUUAGACUCCCCCCUGUGGAAGAUCAGAGCAUGCUUCUGUUGACAGAAAACAAUUCCCAAUUGUUCCUGCUGAGGCUAUUACCAUCCAUAAAAGCCAAGGAGCAACAUAUAGCAAAGUCGCAGUGCAUCUUAAAAGAGGCAUUAAACGAGCUUCGCUAUAUGUUGGAUGCAGUAGAGCCACUAGCGCAUCGGGACUUUUCCUUUUAG